AUGCAGAAGCUUUCUGCUUUUUAUUAUGCAAAUUUAAAAAAUGAAUUGCCUUAUUUUUCUUCUAAUGUUGAAGAUUUAUAUAAAGCAUUAUCUAAUAUGAACUUUCUUGAUAAUGAUAAUUAUGACAAAAAAUCUAUUAAUGAAGAAAGAACUGUAAAUAAAAGGUCUAUUGAUGAUAAGAAUAAUUCUAUCUUAUUGGAAGAAGAUAUGCUUAAAAUUGAAGAAUUAUUGAAUCUUGAUGCAAUUAGUUUUAUAAAUAGUUUAGAUAAAAUAAUUGUUGAUACUAAUUUUGAAUUUUUUAAAGAGAAAUAUAUUGUUCAGAAUAAUGAUAUUGAGAAUAGUAAAGAGGAAAAUUUGAAUAUUAAAAAAGUAAUUGAUGCAAUGUUAGAAUAA